AAGGGGCCGGGCCGGCGUAAAACGUGUCCAGCAUGGGGCGGGGCUUAGGGAAGGUGUGCGAAGAGCGGGAAAGGCACGUCAUCUGAGGGGCGAGGCCAGUGCUGGACGUGGCCCCAUUGGGGCGGGGUCUUGGAAGGCGAGGAGCGUCCGGGCUGUUGGGGGAGGGGUCACCCUCCCCCCCGCUCCGCCCAACCCUCCGGACCCGCCCCUCCUUCCAUCCCACACGCCAGUAGGUUGGUUGCUCCUCUCGGUUUGGGGUGUUUCCGGUCCGAGGGAGCUGGCUGUUACUUCCCUAACUGCCAUGACUGUUUCGAGCAGUUCCAGGAGUCCAGUGAUACAAUUCUGUCUGUGACCCAUCCAGCCUGCAGACCACCUUCUCCAUCAAAUCUUCAAUGUUUAGGUGUUUACAUAAUAUGUACUUGAGAGUCCCCACAUUAGAUGGAGUGAGUUUUCUUGGGUCUAUGUGGAGCACAUAUCCCUAUGAGAAGCUGAGCCCAUAAGUUCUGGAGCCUGGGAACUCCCAAGACCAAGGUGUCAGCAGAUUCAGUAUCCUUGAUGUGCCUGCCUUCUCACUGGGUCCUAACUUGGUAGAGAGAGAGAAAGAGAGCUGUGGUGUAUUCCUCUAAGAAUUACUCCAGUCCCUUCAUCGGGGACCUCCUCUCAAGACCUCAUCUAAACCUAAUUACCUCUCAAAACGCCCCACCUCCAGCUUUUCCUGCAUACGGUUUGCAUUCUCUGUGAGUGGAAAUCCAGAGGAAGAGACGUGGUGGCCGAACCCUUGAUGAUGCAACUGCAGAAAAAACAGGAUUACCAUACGGAGGAUUGAUGCAGUCAUCAUUGUUGUUAAGAAUGGAGAGCUCACUGCAGGAGAGAUCACUGUGGGGCCAUCCUUCAGACGAGCCAUCUCAGGAGCCCCUAACCGGACCGCAGGACCUGUCUGCCCUGAUACCUUAUAAAGAACAAGAAUCUGUGACCUACAAAGAUGUAGCUGUAGACUUUACCCAGGAAGAGUGGGCCCUGAUGGACACAUCCCAGAGAACGCUGUACAGAGAUGUGACACUGGAAAACAUUAGUCAUCUGGUCUCUGUGGGGUGUCAUUUCUUCAGAUCAGAUGUGAUCUCCCCGUGGGAGCAAAGAGGGGAGCUGUGGAGGGAAGAAAGAGGACCUCCCCAAGGCUGGAGUCCAGGCAUGAAAAAAAGCCAUAACAAGCAAGAAAUAAUAUCUAUGCAAGAUAUCUACCUGAAGGACCCACCUAACUGCUGGACAAUACAGAAACGUCAUGCAGGAGAAGACCUCUCUGUAUAUAGUGGGUAUGAAGUUUUCAUUCACACCUACACACUUACGCAACAUAUCUUAACUGACACUGGACACAAACCCUAUAAGUGUAAUGAAUGUGGAAAACACUUCACCCGAAACGCCAACCUUCAUACCCAUAAAAUAAGUCACACAGGAGAGAAUCCAUUUGUUUGUAAUCAAUGUGGGAGGCACUUCAGGUAUUUUUCAUCUUUAACUAGACAUAAGCGAAUUCAUACUGGAGAGAAGCCUUAUGAAUGUCAUCUAUGUGGGAAAGCCUUUGUUCGUAGUUCCCUUAAACAACAUCAGAGAACACACACUGGAGAGAAACCAUAUACAUGUCCUCUAUGUGGAAAAGGCUUCAUUACAAGGUCUAAUCUUCGAGAACAUGAGAGAACUCACAGUGGAGAGAAACCAUAUACAUGUCAUCAUUGUGGAAAAGCCUUUGUUCAAAGCUCUUGUCUUAGAAAACAUGAGAGAACUCACAGUGGAGAGAAACCAUAUAAAUGUCAUCUAUGUGGAAAAGCCUUUGUUACAAGCUCUAAUCUUCGAGACCACGAGAGGACUCACACUGGCGAGAAACCAUAUAAAUGUCAUCUGUGUGGAAAAGCCUUUGUUCAAAGCUCUUGUCUUAGAAAACAUGAGAAAACUCACACUGGUGAGAAACCAUAUACAUGUCAUCUAUGUGGAAAAUCCUUUGUUCAAAACUCUUAUCUUCGAGAACAUGAGAGAACUCACACUGGAGAGAAACCAUAUAAAUGUCAUCUAUGUGGGAAAGCCUUUGUUCGAAGCUCUUGUCUUAGAAGACAUGAGAGAAUUCACAUUGGAGAGGACCCAUAUACAUGUCAUCUGUGUGGAAAAGCCUUUGUUACAAACUCUGAUCUUAGUAAACACGAGAAAACUCACACUGGACAGAAACCAUAUACAUGUCGUCUAUGUGGAAAAGCCUUUGAUCAUACCUCUUGUCUUAGAAGACACGAGAAAACUCACAGUGGUGAGAAACCAUAUACAUGUCAUCUAUGUGGAAAAACCUUUGUUCAAGGCUCUAAUCUUCGAAAACAUGAGAGAACACACUGGCGCUACAGAGCGUGACCUGGGAGAGCUGACUUUGGAAGGAACUCUCUAUUCUGGCUCUCCCAGUUUUCAGGAUCCAACCCGCAGCUCCAGAAUGAGUGUGAUCACUCUGCCACUGCCUCAAAACGUGCCAUCAUAGGCCACCAAACGAUUGAAGAAAAAUAAUAGUUAAAAAAAACAUUUUAAUAUUUAUUUAUUUUGGAGAGGGAGAAGGAGAGAGAGCAUGACCAGGGGAGGGACAAGAGGGGGAGAGAGAAAAUCCAAGCCAGGCUCUGCGCUGUCAGUGCAGAGCCCAAUGUGAGGCUCAAACUCAUGAACUGAGAUCAUGACCUAAGCCAAAAUCAAGAGUCAGAUGCUCACUCGACUGAGCCACCCAGGCGCCCCUCCAUUACAUGUUUUGAUGACUGCCCCGCACCGGUGUGUUCGAACUCAACAACUCUGCCACUCACAGCCCCCAUCACUGGUGCACACAGAUUUCCCCAUCUCUGAACCAUUCAGACCCUGGAUUCCAGUUUCACACUGGUCAGGAUCUGGCCUUUCCUUCACCACGUCCCUAACAAGUCUCACAGGCCUGAUGCCAUGAUGCUACUUUCCCUUCUCCCAGGCUCCCCAGUGGCCUGUGGGCCUGUAGUGGACUCGCUGGUGCUCCGGGGUUUGACUGUUGCCAGGCAGACCUUGCUUUUCACCUCCUGCAUGCACUGAUCCCACGGUGAACAAAACGCCCUCGACACACACACAAUCUGAUAACAUGUUCUGACAAUCACAUGUAGAUCUUCCACCCUGACCACACUCUCAACAGACACAAUAAUGGCCAACACCCCCACAGUCAGACAACGCAGGGACACACAACUGUGUACAGAUCAUAUGACUAUAUAGUUUCUGACCACACAGAAUUGGUGACACACAUAUAGUCAUCAUAUAAAGGGAAUCUGGCUGUGCAUGUGUGUUUUGGUGUUGAGGCGUUUCACAUGUUGCCAUCAACAUGACAACCCAGGGCUUAGAGGGGAGAGGCUCAAGGCACAGAAUGUGUGCUGAUGCCCAUCAGAGCCUGGCAGUGCUUGUUCUUGGUAUAUUGUGUAAGAGGCAGGUGGAGCCUAAGGAUCUGCAUACUAAGUGUUUGGUACAAACAUACCAGCCAAAAAAAAUUUUUUUGGUAGAAAAACAUGCAGAAAAUUUAGCCAGGGUCCCGUGAGAAUGCAUGAAGGAUUCAGUAUGAGUCCAAACUGUCAGCUGAGGAUUUUUCCUCAGAAGAUUCAUAUUGCUCUUAAAACUUGCAUAUAAAUGUUGUAUACAUAUAAACACUGAAGCAUUCUUUGCGUUAAAAUAUUUCAAGUAGGGGUAACCUGGAUGGCUCAGUCGGUUAAGUGUCCCAACUUUGGCUCAGGUCAUGAUCUCACAGUUAGUGGGUUCGAGCCCCACAUUGGGCUCUGCACUGGCAGUUUGGAGCCUGGAAUCUGCUUCGGAUUCUGUGUCUCCCUCUCUCUACCCCUCGCCUGCUUGUGCAGGCUUGCUCGCUCUCUCUCUCUCCCAAAAAUAAA